AUGGACGUCAACAGUGGUAGUUUCCCUUCCGAGGUCGUCAAAAUCAUCCAACAUAUUGCCAACAGCCGUUUCAUUGCUUUUGAUCUCGAGUUCUCCGGCGUUGCUGGGAGGAGGGCUGCCGGCGGUGCAAACCGGCUGAGCCUACAGGAAUACUACUCGGAUUUGAGAGCUGCUGCCCAGAUCUAUCAAAUUCUACAGGUUGGCUUGACUAUCGUCACCGAGGAUACUGAAAAAGGUCGCUAUGAGGCCCGACCUUACAACUUUCAUCUCAAUCCGCUACCGACAACGAAAGAAUCGGUCUUCACGCGAAUUUGGUCUUACAACAGUGGCGGCAAGUUCCCUCACAUCACGAUCUGUAUUCUUCUGCUAACUCUUACAGCUGUCUCGUUUCUCAUGCGGAAUGGCUUUGACAUGGACAAACCGUUUACCCAAGGGGUUCACUAUCUCUCGCGGCAGGAGGAAGCUCAAGUCCGAAGCAAGUUAGUUGAAGAAGAGCAAGUCAGGUCUAGAAUCCCUGACAUGCAACUCAAAGACGACGAUUCUUUCCUCGUGGAUCAUAUCAAGAAGUCAGUAAAUGACUGGCAGGCCCUGCCAAAGGAGGAGCAAGAACCUUAUCUCAACAUCCCUGCCGAAGAUGCCAAAGAGCCAGUACCUUCCACGCUCAAUCGAUAUCAGGUUCGCCUUACCCACCAGACUAUCAGAAACGAGUACCCCAACCUCAAAACCCAGGGCAUGGGCCAGUUUGUGCAGAUCACCAACCCCACAAGUGAGCAGCAAGCCAACGAAAAAGAAGUCCGCGAGCAGAGACGUGAGCUCGAGAUUGCCAACGCCGUAGGCUUUCGGUGGGUCUUGGAGGCCAUUAUGGGUGGUGACAUCUCUAAGCUGCCGCACCACUAUGUUGUUGCAGCGCAUUCUCCGGAGGACAAGCCGAAAGAUGUACAGGGCUUUCUAGAUAAUCUUCAGAAGGAUUUAAAAGGCCAGACUAGAGCCCUGGUCGGCCACAACUGCCUGACGGACGUUAUCAAUCUAUAUCGCUGCUUCGUCGAGGACCUGCCGGAGAAACUGAGAGAUUUCAGCGCCAAUCUGCACAAGCUGUUUCCUGUUAUCAUGGAUACAAAAUUUGUGGCUGGCCUUGGGAACAAGCGAUGGGCGGAUACCUCCUUGAGAUCUGUUGAAGACGAGCUCAGUUCAGUUGGACUGCCCCAGGUUCACCUACCCCCGACCUUCGAUCGAUACCUCUAUGCGGCGAACUAUCAUGAGGCAGGCUUCGACAGUUUUGUGACAGCCAAGAUCGGGCUGAAGAUGCCUGGCAAACUGCGACGAGGUCCUCAAGACGUCAAAUCAUUGGUCGAAGGGUCUGUGCCAGCCCUAGAACGGAAGACAGAGGUUCGGCACGAGGAGGGUAGGCCAGUCAGUUCCCUCCAGUCUCCUGCCGAUGAGAUAGACCAACAGCAGGGUACCAAGAAAAGCAUCGUGGAGAUGAUCAGAGCCCCGGUUACCACAGUCAGAUCCCUUCUGUCUGGAGCGCCGAGCCCAGUCACCGAGGAAAAACCGAGCAUAGCUUCUGUUAAAAAGUCCACUCUGCUUAUCCCUGCAUCCGUCAUACCACCGACUGGGACAGUCGUUGCGACGAAAGAGAAAGCUCAAGCAACACAUAUCACGAGGAACGAACUUCAGAAACUACGAACGAUAUCGAAGAAGAGGAAUAUCUUUGACAUCCUCGAUGACGAACCAGAGAAUAUGCCAGCGGAAGAACCGGAGACCAACGAGCGACAGAGGAUUGCAGAAUGGGUCAAAGAAGGGAGGCUGAUGCCAAGAUGGGAGCAGGACGCUGAGUUUUGGAAGUUGAUUGUGAACAAAUUGCAAGCGAAUGCAACUCGAGAGGGCAUCUUGCAUUUGACAGAGCAGUGA